CGGUGCCCACAACUUUCCCGCCCAAUCGAUAAUCAAUCAAAACAUCUCGCGACUUGAAUUAAACGUCGAUUUUCUAAUAGCCAACACAGUGCGGUUGAUUUCACUUCGACUGUCCGCUCCUAUCCGGAUCGAAGGACCAAUCGUCGCAACUGUCCGUUUCGGCCUGUUAACCCCCUUUCGGAGAAGGUCCUACCUCAAGUUUCUGAGAAAAUAAUCCGCGGAUAUUCGAGAUCUUAUAGACUCGGUGACUCCGGAGGACGUUCUUUUUUUCGUGCAGGGAAAACUCAAGACUGUCGUGCGUGAUACUGUGAUGACUUAGUGUUUUCCAAACUUCCUUUCACCUCUUGGAUUUGGUGAAAAAUCGGGAACAUGUUCAUCCUUGCGAUUAUCUUCCUUUUCCUGGGCUCUUCUCCGUGCAAAACAGCAUCGGUCGGAAAAGAUGUACCAAUGGUAGAUGUGGAAGUGGUUGCAGGAGAUCCAGUAUAUUUACCAUGUGAUAUAUCGACUAGUGACCCUGGUGAUCAAGUACUUUUGGUGUUGUGGUAUAGGGAGGAUCUCGGUACUCCAAUAUACAGUGUCGACGGUCGAGACAGGGACUUCAGCCUGGCAGAACGGUGGUCCGACGAAAACGUGUUCGCGAAUCGUGCCUAUUUCAUGCCAGAAAAACAGCCAGCCGAAUUGGGUGUCGAUCACAUCCGCGAGGCUGAUCAGGCCGUUUACCGUUGUCGCGUCGAUUUCAAGAUAGCGCAAACAAGGAACUCGAGGGUGAACCUGACAGUCAUAGUUCCACCCCAGAAAAUGGUUAUUACAAAUGAGUCUGGAACAUCCUUGACUUCCGUUGUGGGACCUUUUCCCGAGGGUGCAUCUUUCACCCUAAGAUGUGAUGUUUAUGGAGCUAAACCACCUCCUGUCGUGACAUGGUCUAGGAACGAAGUUGUUGUCAGUAAUCAGAGUACGGUCCUUCCCUCAGGAGGAUCCUCGUAUGUCAGAAGUGAACUCAGGAUAACUGGGCUUGGUAGGAGAGACGUCCACUCGGAACUUACAUGUAGAGCUACUAAUAACAACAGAACCCCACCACUUGCUGCAACAUUACAUGUUGAUAUGAAUUUUGGUCCGCUCGACGUUAAGAUCCUGGGAGCCAACCAGCCUCUGUCGGCUGGCCGAAGAUACGACCUCUUAUGUCAGAGUUCGGGAUCCAGACCCCCGGCUAGUAUAACCUGGUGGAAAAACGGCCAGCGUUUGGAGCGGACUAAGGACACGACGUCCAACGACGGCAACACGACAACAAGCACGCUCUCCUUCGUUCCCAAAAAAGAAGAUGAUGGAAAGUAUCUGUCUUGCAGGGCAGAGAACAAGGUGAUGAAUGCCGAGGGAUUGGAAGACGGAUGGCAGCUCGAGAUACACUAUACUCCCGAGGCGCAGAUAAUUCUCGGAGCCUCGCUGAACCCGGACGCGAUCCGAGAGGGUUCCGAUGUCUACUUCGACUGCAUCGUCAAUGCUCACCCACCUGUCUACAAAGUGGAGUGGCGUCACAAUGGUCGGCAACUGAAUAUAAACGUAGCUGCAGGAAUAAUCAUAAGUAACCAAAGUCUAGUUCUCCAAGGUGUCUCUAGAUCCACAGCCGGAAAUUACACUUGUGUUGGAUAUAAUACAGAAGGGGAUGGAGAAAGCAUACCCUUCUAUCUCAAUGUUUUGUACUCGCCCACCUGUAAACCGAAACAAAUCAACAUCUACGGUGUUGCAAAACAGGAAAGAGCCCAAAUCACAUGCCAAGUAGACGCCAAUCCUCCUGACAUCCAGUUCAAAUGGACGUUCAACAACUCCGCAGACUCGGUAGAUGUCGCUCAGUCACACAUUGCCCGCAGUGGCACGUCUAGCAUUGUUUCCUACACGCCCAUGACCGAAUUGGAUUACGGAACGCUCCUCUGCUACGCUUCCAAUAAAAUUGGGUCUCAGAAGGUGCCUUGUGUAUUUCAUAUCAUCGCAGCUGGUCGACCUGAUCAAGUACACAACUGCACUGUCACAAAUAUUUCGAUGACUUCAUUUUCUGUGAAGUGCUCAGAAGGUUUCAACGGUGGACUACCACAAUCUUUUUUUCUUGAAGUCCGAGAAAGCCAAUCACAAGAACUCAAGAGCAACAUGUCAUCUCCAGUGCCGCGUUUCAGCGUUACGAGACUAGAAGCCGGAGUUCAAUACCAGAUCUCCCUGUUUUCCUGCAACUCGAAAGGGAGGAGCGAGCCCGUUACACUCCAAGCCUUCACGCUCCGUCUGCCAGAAAAACAGCUCACCGCGGAAAAAGAUACUCAGCUGGCGUCAUUCCGUUUCACUCCAAUGAUGAGCGUGCUGAUUGGCGUGGUAUCCGCCCUUCUGAUAGUCGCCCUAGUCGUUGUCGUGGUGCUGAGAGUGCAAUGCAGUCAGGACGACAGGAUGAAGCGUCACAAAAAUGUCGGAUCUGGAGCUGGUUCCCUGGAGCACAGGGGGAGCGUAUGCGGUCCCACAAUGAACGACAAAGGAGGUGGAAGUCCAAUUUCGAAGCACGAAUCGAGCGGAGGAGAAUACGAGAGUGACGAAAAAAAUCCCGACAUUAUUCCGCAACCUGUUGACGGUGAAGAUUCUGGCAGCGAUUACAUGAGAAAAAGACAACACAUCUCCACGAUAGAAACAUCUCCCAGUAGAAGUUUAUUACAUCAGGCCAGCAAUUCAGCCACACCGGUUAGCGGAGGGUACAUGGGUUAUUGCACCCUCAGGAAUGGCAUGCCCCUACACGAAUUAACAACACAAUCUCACCCAACUUCCCUCAUGAGUCCUUAUCCACAGUACACUCUGCCAAGACAAUCUCAACAGGCUCAGUGGCAAUAUGGACCAAUCGGACAUCUGCCUCCUGGAAUUUACCCCAUACCUUACCAGGGCUCUCAUCUCCCACAGCAAAGACAGAGACCAGCCUCUAGAGAGCCGCCCAUACCUCUUCAACCGCUUAUGCAGCCCCCUGAGGAAGAAUCAUCAGUUGAAACUCCUCUUAUGAUAAAUAAACGUGAAAGCACUGUUUGACAUGCAACUGUUUUGUAAACGCUGCUCAAAUCAUCUUCGAUACCUUUCUGACAAAUUUCUUCAGGGUACUUUUUCAUUAAAUUCAACCUUGGACUUACGUAAGAAGGAGAUUAACAGAAUAAAUGUAGACAAAAUAUCUUAUCCAGAUCACGUGAUGUUCUAGUGGAUGUUCGAUUUCAUUUUCAAAAUUAUUCUAGAGCUUAAUCUCAAUUUCUAUCGUAUCAUCGGAUUGUUUUUUCUUUCUGCAGUUUCUGCGAUUUCGCAGAUUGACUCUUGAAAUCAACAAUUCCUGCAACAUUUCCUCAUAUCAUAUAUAUAGCUUCUGCUAUCUAGGUACAAUUCCUAAAGUCUUAUUGUUAUAUUAUCAUCACACCGCAAUAAAAUCUGAGGAGGAGCUUUAUAUGGUACAGACAUAGGUAGGUUAAGAACAAUUUACUUUGUUUUCUGCUAAGAAUCAAUUUCCAAUCUCGUCAAAAAGAUAAAUCUCAUUGUCCCGCUUCAUUGUAAACUGAUAAAUAUUUCAACUGGAAAAAAUGAAUUUCCUUCAUUUGGCCAGAUCUGCACAUGUUUUCAUUUAAAACGCAAUACUCAGUUGUAGUGUAAUCAGUGGCGACACUAGGGGGCAGGGGGGUCCCGAUCCCCUCUAAAAUUUGACAUACUAAGGCUUAAAUAAUUACAAGAUCAGCAGAACUAUAAUUUUCGCGUAUUAUUACGAUUUACUUUGACCCUCAAAAAAAAAUCCGGCUUCCCCUUGGUCCCCCUGUUUUUGAAAGCUAGCGCCGCCACUGAGUAUAAAAAGUCAAAAAGUAAAUAAUAAUUACUUAAAGAAGUGAUAGUGACAUAUCCAAUCAAAUACUUAAAAUUCAAAAAAUAUUUCAGAAUUAUCUGAAUACUUAAC